UCUCGAAAGUAAAGAUGUGACCAGAACCCCCCACUUGCUGCUUCACUUGCUGAGCUGACGAAAAUGUGUGUGGACAAGAAGCCACUGUUCCUCAACGUGAUCCUUGAAAUUCUUGGGCACAGUGAUAGACUUGCAGUUCUUGAUGAAAUGCUGGACCCGAUUAUGGAUGAUCUGCAGCCUGACUUCCAAGUGCUGGAUCAGGCGGAGGAAGAUAACAGAGCGUGCGUGGAGAAGAUGUUGGAUCUUCUGGGAAUUAAGAAGGAAGAUGCACCAGGAGAAACCCUCGCUCUCACCCCAGAGUCCGAAGGGAUCAUCCGGGCGAUAAACACUCUCAUCCAGUCACUCAGCGAGAUGGAUCCUAAAACUUUAAUCCUGUUGGCAAGCAGUGUUAAGGCAGAGAUUAUAUCCAAACAGCUAAAGCUGGUGACAAUAAUUGAUGACAGAUGGUCGGGGACUCCUCAAUAUCAAUGUGACCCCCUGGAGGUUAAGGAAGACCUUGAGAAGGUUCUGAUCACUCAGUUCACGGACGAGGAGUUUGAAAUAACUCAGCAUCUGCUGGAAGAGUUUGGAUUUCAACUGGACAGAGAAAGUGCUUCGGUUUUGCGCAUUAUGAACCGAAAACAAGGAGACGUACUUGCUCUCUAUGCUGCUCUGUAUGCUCUCAAUGCGUUAUGUGACUGAGCUGUUGUGUUGUGCUUCACUCCUACUGUUCAUGGUUCUCUGACAUUAGUUCACAAGGUGUUGGAGCAGAAUUAGGCCAUUCUGCCCAUUGAGUCUACUCUGCCAUUCAAUCAUGGCUGAUUUAUCUUUCCCUUUCAACUCCUUUCUCCUGCCAUCUCCACACAACCUUAGCCCUUACUAAUC